AUGGAGACAGGAUCAUCGGAACCAACCAUCUCUGAAAGAGCACGAAGAUGUCUCAUCUCCUUCACGGAAUGUCUGGGAGGGAUGGCUGCGCUGGAUCCUCAAAGGAAAUCUUUGAUUGAGAAUGAAUUCGCGCGGUUUUCAAUCUGGUCCUCCAACAUUGGUAUCUUUGCGAGUGGUCGAGCUUCUAUGGAUGAUCGCCUCCGUGGGGAGCCUAGCAUCAAGAGGCUAGUUCUCGGGCUAUUGGAAGUAUUACAAGGGCGUAUUAAGCAGUGUAUGUUUUAUUUACAUGCUUUGAACAUUAUCAACAAUCCUUUACUUUCGGAUUCCGACGGGCGAGCUGCUGCGGCCUAUACCAGGCUUGAAAAGGCAGUAGAGUCUAUGGCGAGCGAGAUAGCUUUGCUCUAUGAUCUAACUAGAACCAUUCGUAGGGCAAGCAGAAAAGCAAAUGACGUCGGAAAAGCGCUCUCUUUUCGCAUUACAGACGAAGAAGGCAAUGAUGUAGAGAAGUCUUUGGCAAAUCACUUUGCUGCCAAUAUACAAGAUCAGUUUCCGGAUCUAUCCGAGGUCAUAAGAUCGCGACUUGCCAAGGCCAUGGUGUUGAGACGAAGACGGAUCAUAUACAAGAGACUCGGUUACUCCGAUGACCCUAUAAGGAUCGCCCAGACCACCACCCAACCAACUAUCCAGCAACCGGAUCACAUGCAAACCGAUAAUAUAGAAAUUAUCUCACAAGAUACUGAGCGGCCAGGGGCAGUGACACCUCUUGAACUAAUAGCCCCCUCUAGGUCUAAGUCCAUGGCGAGAAGCGCUACUCCUUUAGCUUCAAAAAGCUUUCAAAAGGCUGCAGCCCCAUCAGUUGUGUCCCAGUUGAAGUGGAUGGCGCUGGAGAGCCAUGAAGAUUACGCUUUUCCUCCACCACCAGAGCAAGUUUCCGCGGCUACUGAAGUUAUUUGUCCGUUUUGUUUAGUUAUGUUACCCAUUCAAGAGGUAAAGAACGAGGAAAGAUGGAGGGACCAUGUUAAGACCGAUUUAGAUCCAUAUGUCUGCCUCACAGAAAACUGCGAUCGUCCCGAUGAGCUUUACAAACACAGAGAAGAAUGGCUCCGGCACAUACAGAAACACUCUUUGCGGUGGCACUGUACCUCAAAAGCUCAUAAUAGCGUGUUCUUUGACACAAGAGAUGAUUACAUCUCCCAUAUGAAAUCAAGCCAUAGAAAAGCCGUAACCGAUACUCAAAUUGAUAUGCUAGCUAAUAGAAGUUUGCAAUUGACAGGUCCUCUAUUCAAAUCAUGUCCUCUUUGCGGUAUCGAGGAGCAAGACGGCAAAGGGCGAUUACUGGAACACAUUGUUGGCCAUCUCCAAUCGCUUGCACUCAAAUCGCUACCGCCAAUUGAUUAUGGCAAUGAGCAAGAAGAUAAUUUCAAAAAAGACAAAGAGACAUAUUACAAGAUGAAGGUUGAAAGAGAAAUCGAUCCUCAGUACCAUACUCAAGAUAUAUCUACCUUUCUGAGCAUCGCCUCAGUCUCCGUUCCGGAAGCUCGACUAGCUAUCAAAUCUCGCUAUAGUUCUACAGAAAGUAUAGUUAUAGGCUCAGAGGUUCUUACUUCCCAGCAAACAUCUAGCCAGAGUGGCAUAAUUUAUGUCGCGCAACAGCCUGAAGACGUCGAUUAUACCAUUGACAUACAGUUAGAAGAGCCACUGCCUCGCUCAAAAGUAACUAGCAUCAAAUGCCAGAUUGUUUACGAUCCGGGGAGCGAUAAUUGUAUUCUAAUCAAUCGAACGAGAGAUUCUUUGGACUUAUCCAACCUUCAGCAACUAGGCUCUUCGAGGAUUAUGGCAAUUAAUGGAAUGUCGAUUAUUCAACCUGGGGCGUGGGCGAUUAAGCUCGCUCGAGGUAGUAGUACUAUUGACAGCGGUUUUGUUUUUGAGAUAUUGCUACGUGAGAGACGACACACAGUCGCAAUUGCUCAAGUAAAUGAUGCAUUGCAAAGUCAACAAAUCGAAGACAGCGAGAGAUCAACUAAGCGACAAAAACCUAACGCCAACUUCGCAAUGAAUGUAGCUCCUCACGCUUCCAGCUCCACAAUAGAUUGGAAACAAGAUGCUCGAGAUAUCAUUUUGACUGCAGAUAAUAAUACUCUCCUUGACUUGCAGGAUGGAGAUGUCGCUACUAUCCACGCCCCUAUAUCAACUACAACAUUCCAAAUGGAAUCUUCACCGGUCAGAUAUAAAAUAAAGCAAGUCGGGAAGAUUUUUGAGCAAGGAACAACAAAAGUUUCGCAUUGUCACCAUUCUUUAAUCCCUGGAGGGCUGGCUGUGAAAGUCCUUCAACAUAAAAAUAAAUCUCCACGCCUGUUAGUCCAAUUAUCGGAGCUAUGGAAACAGGAGAAGAGCAUACUUAAAAGAUUAAAUCACAGAAAUAUCGUUUCUCUGAAAGCUUUUGAUGGCCGUCUUCUUGCAUUGUAUCUCGAGCUUCUCCCUCUAUCACUAGCUCGUGGCCGCGACUCACCAUUCGAAUCAUCCGACGCUAUAAAGAUACUUGAUGACAUUUCGUCCGCGCUCACAUACCUAAUAGCUCAAAAUGUCGUUCAUAAUGAUAUCAAGCCGAGCAACAUUGCGUAUUCUCCUGAACGAGGCGCUGUGCUCCUUGACUUUGCAAUGGCUUCAUUCUCGGAGGAGAUUAGGUCUGGCGGAUCACCGUGGUACGUCCCACCAGAGCAUAUAACAGAUACGAAAUGCUACUCUAAGGGAGACAUAUGGGCCUUUGGUAUUACAAUGCUCUAUAUCCUCAAGAAGAUAAAAUAUCCCGAAGAUAUGGCUGCUGCUUGGAAUAUACACGAGAUCCGCAUCACAUCUAGUGAAGCAAGAAAUCAAAUGGCCACUUGGCUUAAACUAAUUGAUCGUGUUAGAAAAGAGUUAGACCGGGCAAAUGCUAUGGAAUAUGUGGUAUUCCGAAUGCUUGAAUAUCAUCCAGCUUCGCGAAUAUCUGUAACGAGAAUCCAAGAGUCACUGAACAAUCUAGGAUAGGGCCUUCACUCUUUUGUUUAUGUCUUAUAUCAGUCAAAUAUACCACCCGAAUUCUAAUCUUUCAAAUACC